AUGGAUGGCAGCUCCUUCAUACCUGAAAUUGGGAACCACCUAGUGACCUUUUAUGUGAAUCUCUUUCAGGCACCUUUUUGGGCAUACCUCCUGGGUGCACUAGGACUUUUUAUCUACCAGUCUCUGGAUGCCAUUGAUGGGAAGCAAGCCAGAAGAACAAACAGUAGCUCUCCUCUAGGAGAGCUCUUUGAUCAUGGUUGCGACUCAAUUUCUACAGUUUUUGUUGUCCUUGGAUCCUGCAUAGCAAUCCGACUAGGAACAAACCCUGACUGGUUGUUUUUCUGUUGUUUUGUGGGACUGUUCAUGUUCUAUUCUGCUCACUGGCAGACAUAUGUAUCAGGCAUAUUAAGGUUUGGAAAAGUCGAUGUAACUGAAGUUCAAAUAGCCAUAACGGUGUUGCUGUUGGUAUCUGCAUUUUGUGGAACAGCAAUAUGGGACUAUAAGGUGCAAUUGAUAGGCCUAGAACUGAAGUUCUUUGCUGUUGUUGGCAUACUGUGUGGAACAGCAGUUUCAUGUUUCAAUUACUUCCGCGUCAUCUUUGGUGGAGGGGUUGGAAAGAAUGGAUCUACAAUAGCAGGAACAAGUGUUCUUUCACCAGGUGUCCACAUUGGGCUACUUGUCACACUGGCCACUGUGAUCUACAAAAAAUCUACAAUUCAGCUGUUUGAAAAACAUCCGUGCCUGUAUGUCCUGACAUUUGGAUUUGUGAAUGCUAAAAUCUCACAGAAGUUAGUGGUAAGGAAUCUUCUCUCAGCCCUAAACAUCAACCAGUUGUUGGCUUAACAGAUGCAUUCUGGAGCAGUAAGCACAGUGCAAGUUUUCCAGAUUUGCUUUGCUACCACAUUAUGUUAUGACC